CAAUACGACAUUCGAAAGACGAAACGAAGUAAAUAAACCAUCGGAGAAAUCGUGUAAUUUUAAAAGAUUUCUCUAUAAUUGCCGAUUCAGACGUCGACAUCAAGUCUAAAAAGCCUAAAAAUCAAGAAAUUAAGAGAUGGCACUACGACAAUUAAUAAAUCUCAGGGAAGCGCUAUUUUCGAGGAGCGGAAAUCAAUAUUUGCAACAAUUUAGGGCCCAAACAAAGUCAUUUCGUAAUCGAUCGAGGCAAACUGAGACGAAACAGCUUUUGCCGUUUGAGAGUCAUGACUCGGGAAACAUCGAUCCAAGCAAAGUGUGGAAGGCUUUUGUCUUUACAGGAGCUUUCAGCGUUACCACAUUCGCCACAGUCUCGAUUUUGCAAUAUGAAAGACUCCGAUCGCGGAUGGAAUCGCACAUUUUACAAACAGCACCGAAUUUCAAGUGGAUCAAAGACAAGAUGAGCGGCAAAAAAGAGGAAGUGAGUGAACUUAAGCGGGAAAUAACUGCCUUAUGGAAUAAAUUAUCGUCUGGCGAGAAGGUUUUCGUUCCGUUAUGCGCUCUAAACGUCAUUGUGUUCGGUUUGUGGCGUGUUCCGAGGUUACAACCCUUCAUGCUUAAAUAUUUUACUUCGAAUCCAGCAGCAAGAGCCGUUUGUUGGCCCAUGCUGCUUUCGACCUUCAGUCACUACUCUGCGUUCCAUAUAUUCGCCAACAUGUACGUCCUACAUAGUUUCAGUAACGGAGCUGUUGCCUCAUUAGGCGCCGAACAAUUUCUCGGCGUGUAUCUGACGGGCGGCGUAAUUUCCUCUCUCGCCAGUUACAUGUACAAAGCAGCUGUGAUGCAGCCAGGCCUUUCGUUGGGCGCUUCCGGAGCAAUUCUCACCAUUUUGGCGUACAUUUGUGCGAAAUAUCCCGAUACGCAGUUGAGUAUCAUGUUUUUGCCGAUGUUUACGUUUUCCGCGGGGUCUGCCAUCAAAGUCAUCAUGGGUCUCGAUCUUGCUGGCGUCAUCUUGGGAUGGAAAUUUUUCGAUCAUGCGGCUCAUUUGGGCGGUGCUGCCUUUGGAUUGUUUUGGUGUUACUUUGGAACGCAAUAUGUUUGGCCUAAGGGGCAGUUGGUUGUACAGCAGUGGCAUAAACUGAGAGGACCUGUAUCGAAAAAUUAGGAUUUUUGUAUAAGAAAAGAAUUUUAUUUGACGAUGAAUAGAACUUUUUGUUGAACAAAA